UGAAUUCGGUGUGACAGGAGGGUGUGUGUGUGUGUGCUUGUGAAAUUGCGUGAGAUAGAGGAAGCAUCGGCGUGUGACUGAAUAUACUGGGACUCUCUCAUAGAUUGCUAUAUUUUGCGUCCUAGCUCAGACCAGAGAGGACCAGAGCGCUGUCAUCUCCGAUGACCAUUGAUCCACUGGAAAGUCCUAAUUUAACCUAGCAGUUACAAUCGACUGUACGAACAUUACUGGCUACGUCUCAAAGCUAACAAAAUGUAGCCUUAUGUCUAGAGACCGAUAUGGAGGGUGGGUUUAAGUGGCCCUAACCUUGAGAGGCAGUGAGCAUCCUGUGGAAAUGAAGUUCCUCUGGUGGAAAUGGAGGUAAAGUUUCUUGAGAGUGUCCCUGAGUUCCUGUGGUGGGAAAAGCCUUUGUAGUGUCGUAUGGCAGAAGGGAGGUCAAGGGAACGCAGCCUGGCUGGGAGGGGACAUCUGCAUCCUUCGAUGUGGUCCCAGACAAUGAAUAUUGUGGGCCAGUUGGCGGAGACGGUGUUUGUGACGGUGAAGGAGCUGUACCGUGGCCUUAACCCCGCCACUCUUACUGGAGGGAUCGAUGUCAUUGUUGUGCGUCAGCCUGAUGGAUCGUUCCAAUGUUCCCCCUUUCACAUCCGGUUCGGAAAGCUGGGUGUACUACGCUCCAAGGAGAAAAUCGUGGACAUUGAGAUAAAUGGAGAAUCAGUUGACCUGCACAUGAAGCUGGGUGACAAUGGAGAAGCUUUUUUUGUGGAGGAAAAUGAAAACAUGGAGUCUCAGGUCCCAGCCCAUCUGUGCACCUCCCCAAUUCCUCUUGAGCUCCCUGAGGAGAUCGAGGAGACCACUGAGGGAUCCUUCAUCUCUGGGUCAGGCAUCCGCAGGAAGAAACGCCGUCGCAAACGGAUCCGUUCUGAUACUCACCUGAGAGAAGAGGCCAGCUCUUCAUCAGAUGAGAGAGAAAGAGAGAAGGAGUGGGAAAGAGAAAUUGAUCCGGCGGGGCAGGAGAGUCCUGAUAAAGAGCAGCCUAGCACACCAUUGCAAGUCAGUAAAUCAGUGUACUACUCGAUGUCUGAGGAGCCAAAUGAGGAACUGGGGGCCACACAGACCAGAGACACUCAUCCACACUCGGAUGGAGAGCAGUCACCCUCAGAAAGUGUGUUCCUCAGCCGGCCGUCCUCUCCUAAGAGCGACUCUGAGCUUCUGGUUAAAACCCAAGAGUCCUCUGGGCCUCAGAUGCAGUGGAACUGGGGAGGUUUUCCCAUGCUUUGUCAAUCGGAGAGGAUGCCAGUGGACUUGCAGCGCAUCUCCCCUUCUGACAGUUCUCAUUUCCGCACCAUUGAGAGACAGGACUCCUUUGACAUGAGCUACGAGCCUGUGAUCAGCUGUGGCAGAGUGGGCAGUGUAACAGUGGUUAGGCCACAACCCAGGACUCGCUCCCUAGACCUAGGUAGCCACACUAUGCAAACCCCCCCUUUAUCCAAGGAGCAAGACUCUCACAUUGCCCAUUCCACCCCCAAUGACCUGUCCAAGAGUAACGUGGACUCGACACAGGCACUUGAAUCCACAUUAGGGGAAGAGGAGACCAGAGAUCCAUCUUCUUAUUCAGCUAAACUAAUUAAUGGCACAGAAUCUCUUGGUAGCAAAGAAAGCGCAACCAGUGUUAAAAAUAUUUGCACUGUGACUGACAUAAUUAUCCCCGGCAGCCAUAAUAGCACAGUCAGUGUGACCAAACCGAACAACGCACAAAAACAACUCAUCAAAGAGAGCGAAGACUGUGCAGUCACAGCAACAAGUCCAAGUAGUACGGAGUUAUCUAGUCCACAACAGCCGGGUGCCUUACUGGAGCAAAGUGAACAGGGUUCCACCAGUAGUGCCUCUGUCAGUGAGGGGGACAGUGGGAUAGAUCCUUGUGCUAAGGGAGGGGAGGAGGAGGGAGGACCAGGAGGGGCUGAAGGGUCAGCAGGAGGCUCACUGAACAACAAAGCUGCACCAAAAGCUGAAUGGACAGAUGCUGGGAGCAGCUGGACUGCUGCAGAGGGAUUAGCAAACUCUUCUGAGGCAUCCUCUAAAGUGGAGCAACAGGACAAGAAGAAAGGUAAACGAAAUCAACAUCUAGGACCAACAGGUAUUUACUUGGAUGAUCUGACUACAUUGGACCCUGAGGUGGCUGCACUGUACUUCCCCAAGAGUGAGACAGAUGGAGCGUCUCAGCAAGGGGCGGAGCAGGGUUCCUGCUCAGGGAGCCAGUCGCCUCAGUCAGUGGGCAGCGGGGCGAUGGACAGUGGUACAGAGUACCUGUCAGAUUCUACCUCCUACAACAUGGAUGUCAGCAUGUCCCUCUGCGGACAAGAGGGCGACACCAGCCAAAUCACUAAAGAAAAGUUUAUGGAGCACAUUGUGACAUACCAGGAUUUUGCCAACAAUCCAGGAAUAAUUGAGGAUCCAAGCCUUGUGAUCUGCAUCAACUCCAACUAUUAUAACUGGGCAGUGGCUGCUCCAAUGGUCUUGUCAAUGACAACUUUCCAAAAAAAUCUACCCAAGAGUACAGUAGAGCGGCUGGUGAAAGACAAGAUGCCAAAAAAGUCUGGACGCUGGUGGUUCUCCUGGAGGAGAAGAGACAUGGACAGUAACCAGCAAAAGAACUCAAAAGAUGAGCAAGAGGAGCCACUGGCUGGUGUUUCUUCCACAGUACAAGCCACAUUGGAUGACAUCGACAGCGAUGAGGUAGCGGGCCUUGGCCGAAAAGCCACCAUUGCUCCAAGCCUAUCAACAGAAACCCUUAACACCACGCAGUGCAUCAACCAGAUCUACCGCAAAUCACUACGCCUGACCUCUGAACAGAUUGAGCGCUUAAACCUGCGUGAAGGAGCCAACAAGGUGGUGUUCAGUGUGACCACACAAUACCAAGGCACCUGUCGCUGUGAGGCCGCUAUCUACUUGUGGAACUGGAGCGACCGCGUCAUCAUUUCAGACAUAGACGGCACCAUCACUAAGUCUGAUGCUCUGGGUCAUAUUCUACCUCAGUUUGGAAAAGACUGGACACACAAAGGCAUUGCCAAACUCUACCACAAAAUACACCAAAAUGGUUACAAGUUCCUGUAUUGUUCAGCGCGGGCCAUAGGUAUGGCUGCCAUCACUAAGGACUACCUUCAGUGGGUCAAUGAUAAAGGCACUGUCCUACCUAAAGGCCCCGUACUGUUGGCUCCCAGCAGCCUCUUUUCAGCACUACACAGAGAAGUUAUUGAGAAGAAGCCGGAGGUCUUUAAAAUCGCCUGUCUCAGUGACAUCAGGGACCUGUUCAACCCACAGAGACGGCCCUUCUACGCUGCCUUCGGCAACAGGACUAACGAUGCGUAUGCCUACAAGCAGGUUGGGGUUCCUGAUACCAGGUUAUUUACUGUCAACCCUAAAGGAGAGCUCAUCCAAGAGAAGACUAAAGGCAACAAGUCCUCGUACAGCCACCUCAGUGGGUUGGUGGAACAUUUCUUCCCCGUGCUCUCUGUCGAGGGAAGCACCUCCUCUGCUUUGGACUGUCCUGAGUACAGCAGUUUCUCUUACUGGAAGGAACCACUGCCAGAACUGGACCUGGAUGCACUAUUGUAGACACACAUACCCACAUUUACCAAAAGCCACACACACACACACACACACACACACACACACACACACACACACACACACACACACACACACACACACACACACACACACACACAGGCAAGGAAAGAACAUACCUAAGAACAUAUACUGUGGUUGGUUUUCUCCCUUUUCAAUGGAUUUUUCCCAGCAUGCCUCAGUAUUGCCUUUGAUAGACCUGCCAACUGUAGUGCCUGUUUAUGAGACACGGAACAAACUGGAAACGGAGACAAAUAAAUGCAUGGACUUUAUAUUUAAAAAAUAAGUUUAUAAAACAUUAUGCAGAACACAGUAUCAGUGCUCUUACACUGACUGCGGCUGUUUACACAUGUGGAAAUCCUGACACAACUGAGCAUAUAUGCCUUUGGAUUGUUUCAGUUUUUUGUUAGUGUGUACCAGUAUCAUAGUCAUUCCAAAAUAUGAAUUUAAACAGUGUAUUGGUAUGAUAACUCUUAACACUGUCACACAUGUCAGCUCUAAACACUUACCAAAAACACAUUUGGAUAGAAAUUGAGCUGUAUUAGCUUAAAUCCUGCACAUGCCAAAACUGUAACUAAAAUGAUCUGUUUUCUGUGACUGAUCUGGAAAUGUUCAGUUCCCCCCCUCAAAGCUCAAACAGACCUAGACACACAGCUACAAAACAAGCCUUUUAUCCUCCAUUCAGUUAAGAGUGUGCCUGUGUGUUGUUUGCAACAGGGAAUGUCAUUGGACCCGAGCAUUGUGGGGAGGGUUUUUAUAGCUACAUGUACCAAGCGACCAAAUAUGGUGUGAGAAUGUAUUUAAAAUGCUUUGGAUUAUUCUAGAGCCUGUUUGACCUUAAUAAGUAUAAGGGGGUCGCUCUGAGCAUUAUUCUGUUAGACAAGCACAAAGGCCUUUAUUAAUUACGUUUGACUCACCUGAGUCAUAACUAUUUGUAGCUCUGUGUGGGAAGCAAAAGGGGUGGUAACUGUCAAGCCUGCAGAUGAAUACGGUGGAGGAGGAGUUGUAAAGGACAGUAGCAUUAUAUUUUGCAAUUACAAGUUUAUCUGUGCAUAUGAUCAUUGUAGGACUACAACAUGCACAUUUCACUUCCUUUUAGGUAUGACACUACCAAGUUUAGAAAUGUUUGUACACUACAUGAAUGCAGAGAUGGCUCAGACUGACAAUGACUUUUAUUGCAGAGACUUGUAAACAGACUUUGGAAGUUCCAGCAGCCUGGCACUGUGCCUUUGUACAAUAAAGACACUUAUAUUUAUUAUUUUUGCAUAUCUUGCAUCCUCUAACUGUGUGGAGAUGCACUGGAGCUGAGGACUUUGCUGUUACCUUUUAAUCUAAAUGUAUAGAAAUAUUAAAUAAGUAUAAAAUACAA